AUGACACCGCCGGCAGAAUUCCUUCAGUCUCCGACCAAGAACUUCAAUGUGGCUGUCGUCGGCGGCGGCAUCGCCGGCCUUACGUUAAUGCUCCAGCUCCUGCUUCAUCGCAUACCGACGACGCUCUAUGAGCAAGCGUCAAAGUUUGGAGAGAUUGGUGCCGGCGUUUCUUUUGGGCCCAAUGCUCUGAGAGCCAUGUCACUGAUCUCGCCGUACGUCCGGAAGGCUUUCGAGAACCAGGCGACGUACAACCAGUCAGCGGAUCACAAGGGUGUGUGGUUCGAGUUCCGGUACGGCGAGUCCUUUGACGGCAGACACAAGGAAGGCGACCUUAUCUACCGGCUGGAAUGUGAAGGCGGCCAAACCAGCAUUCACAGGGCGCAUUUCCUUGACGAGUUGGUGAAGUUGUUACCUGACGGAGUUGCCAAGUUUGGCAAGCGGGCUGUGGAUUAUGAAGAUGAUGGAAAUGGCGUGUUGCUCAAGUUUCAAGACGGCACGACAGCCCGGCAUGACGCUGUCAUUGCUUGUGACGGGAUCAAGUCCAAGCUGCGUAGUGUACUCCUCGGAGAGCAGAACCCGGCGGCGAAACCCGUCUUCUCUGGCAAGUAUGCGUACCGCGGGCUUGUCCCCAUCGAACAAGCCCAAGAGAUGCUAGGAGAGAAGUUGGCCAAGAACAGCCAAAUGUACUUUGGGAGGCACGGCCACAUCCUCACCUUCUCCGUAGCAAAAGGCAAGAUGAUGAAUGUUGUUGCAUUUCGCAGUAAGGAUGACUGGAACUCGGACGACUGGGUCGUGCCGGUGAAGAAGGAGGACAUGCUCGCUGACUUUGAGGGCUGGAGCGAGCAAGCCCGGAAAAUCAUCCAAAUGAUGCAGAAGCCCGACGUAUGGGCCCUUUUCGAUCAUCCGCCCAGCAACACAUACUAUCAAGGACGGGUAUGUCUCGUCGGCGACGCCGCCCACGCAUCAACGCCUCACAAGGGCUCCGGGGCGGGCAUGGCGAUUGAAGAUGCUUAUAUCAUGGGAAAUUUGCUGGGCCUGAUCGACAGCCCCGAGGAGCUAGAAACUGCCUUCUCCGUCUUUAACCAAAUGAGAAGGGAGCGAUCGCAGCGGCUAGUCACAGACAGCCGCGAGCAGGGUCACUUAUACGAGUUCGAGCUGAAUGAGGAUCCUGAGUGGAUUGCCAACAACCUAUCAACGCGUAUGGAUUGGGUAUGGAAGUAUGAUUUGACCCAAGAGCUGGAAAAGGGGCGGCGCCUAUUACAAACAAAGGCACAAUUAUAA